CUUUGUUGCGGAUCCCGGUGCGGAUACGUUAUGGUUAUUAUAAAAUCGGGUUGAUACCAUGAAUUAUUUAAUAAUAAGAAGGCUUGCUACGCAGCCCAAGUUGGCAAACGCACCCAAACGAAAAUGGAAAAGCGUUGUGGGUUUAGAAGUGCACGCUCAAAUUGCCAGUGCAUCUAAGCUUUUUUCCGGCAGUGGUACAUCUUUCGGAGCACCCCUCAACUCGUCCGUGGCUUUUUUUGACGCCUCUAUACCGGGCACAUUGCCAGUGCUCAACAGAAAGUGUGUGGAAUCCGGCAUCAAAACUUCACUUGCCCUCGGCUGCCGGGUGAAUGAAAUAUCCAUGUUUGAUCGCAAACAUUACUUCUAUGCGGAUCUGCCAAAUGGCUACCAAAUUACGCAGCAAAGGGCUGCCCUGGCCAACGAUGGAAAAAUGACCUUUCCAGUAAUAACACCUGGCAAGAAGGUCUACUACAAGACUGCCAAACUACUACAACUGCAACUGGAACAGGACAGUGGAAAAUCCCUGCAUGAUGACUAUCUUAAAAGAAGUCUGGUCGAUCUGAACCGCGCUGGCUUGCCUUUAAUGGAGUUGGUUUUCGCUCCGGAUUUGGAGACAGGUGAAGAAGCUGCCUCCCUGGUCAAAGAACUGAUGCUGAUACUCAGACGUCUGCAAACCUGCAGCUGCAAAAUGGAGGAGGGUGCUCUGCGCGUAGACGCAAAUAUAUCCAUUCACCAGGAAGGCGACCCCUUGGGCGUACGAACCGAAGUCAAAAACAUUGGGUCUGUUCGCAGCAUUUCGCAGGCCAUUACAUAUGAAAUAAAUCGACAGCUUGAAACUGUGGCCAAUGGCGGUGUAAUCACGAACGAGACUCGAAACUGGGAUGCGGAAAAUAGACGCACGGUGGCCAUGCGUGAUAAAGAGGUUCUACAGGACUACAGAUUUAUGCCCGAACCAAAUCUGCCCCCUCUGCAUGUCAACCUGAAACCUGGUUCAAAGUCCACGGAGGACUUGGUUUCUGUGGCUGCUCUUAGCGAAGAAAUUCCAGAACUACCAGAGGACACCAGACAACGUCUGAUAGAGCUGUAUAACCUUAAUGCGGAGACUGCUAUUAUUUUAGUGAACGAACCUAUUCUGUUGGAUCAUUUUUUGUACAUUUCACGCAGGCUAAGUGAAUUGCCCAACAAAGUCAUUCACAAUUUUCUCAUCAACGAUUUGCUAACCUACUGCAACAAAUUAAACUUGGAUGUAGAGGAUUGCUCCAUAAACGCUGAAGAUUUGAAAGAUAUAUUAAAGUACCUGCACGCUGAGGAGAUUAAUCUCCAAGCUGCACGGCAGUUAAUUGAACUGUUGCAUAACAACCCCGAAGUUAAAGUCAAAGAGCUCAUAGAGCUGCACAACCUGCAGCAGAUCUGCAGUCCGGAGGAGAUCGAGAACCUUUGCCAGCAGGCUAUUAAAAACCAGCCCAAGGCCGUCCAACAGUAUCAAAAAGGAAAGGCCAAAGCUCUGUUUGCAAUCGUAGGUGAAGUGGCCAAGUUGUCUUCCCAGAAGGCCAACAUGAAAUUGGUGGUACAGUGUCUUGAGAAACUCAUUAAACCCUCCAAUAAAUAAGAGCUUAGUUGAAUA